CUAUGCGUACUUUCCAGCUCUUCGUUGCUUUCCUCACGCUCUUUGCGACCACCGCCCUCGCGGACUUCUAUGCACGUGGCGAUGACGAAGGGCUCUCCGCCAGAGAUGCUUGGGACGACGACGCAUUGUUUGCGCGUCAUUUCGACGACGAGCUGUAUGCUCGCGACUUUGAGGAGCACAAAAACCAUCCUCUCGUUCGGGAAUUGGUCAACAUCCUGGCUGCCCGUGCUGGAUCUUGCAAAAACGGGGGUGUGAAGAUAACGUCGGCUGUGGGAAGCUGUGAUCCCGACAAUUCCAAGGGCAUGAGGUCCGGGCACAACUGCAAGAACGCCGGCGGCAAGUACUACUACUGCGUCGGCAGCUCCGGUGGUCAAUGCAUGAAGGUCAAGAGCGCCACUGGCCUGGAGAACGGAGAGUGUUUCCUGUAAACUUGGCAAGGGUACAUUGUGUCAUCUCCAGCGUUCGACGCUUCGUCGGCCUUUGAUGGCGUUUUACGAGCCUACGACAUUCAUUCUCACACUUUGCUUAAGAUUUAUUUAUUGCGGCUUCGGCCU